CGAUCACUUAGGCCGCGUUCACACCAAGCGAGUCGCGUCGCGUCAAGUCAAGGCAAGUCAUCAUGCGUCAUGAAUCGCCACCCGAGUUUAACAUUAAUUUGUAUGUAUAUUUGAAAAAACCGUUCACACCAAGCGAGUCGCGUCGCGUCAAGUCACGGCGCGUCGCGACGCAUCGAGUCACAGAUAGGGCUGGACCCAUUUUCUACAUCAGUCACAGCGAGUCCGUCGUUGCGGGAGCAUGAUGGAAGUGGAAUUCCUGAUAAAUUUAGUUCGAGAACGCCCUCCCAUAUAUGAUCCUAGUGACCGCAACCACCGGGAUCGGGAUGUCAUAGCUGCCCUGUGGAAGGAGGUUGCUGCUGCAAUGAAGAGUACAGAAACCGAAUGUAAGGACAAAUGGCGCCACCUGAGAAGCCACUUCAUGAGGGAAAGGAGAAAGAUUAGUGCCAAAACAUCUGGAUCAGGUAAUACCGAAACAAGGAAGUGGGUGUACUAUGAUGCCAUGCAAUUUCUGAUCCCUCAUGUGACGCCACGACCAACAUCUUCAAACGUCCCUACACCUCCUGAUGAAGACACCUGUCAUGAAGCGGAAGAUGCACCUCAAGACUCUUCACCUUCUGUUGUCAUCGAAACACCAGACAAUGUAUCUCCUCAAGAAGCAGCAAGUAAUACCGAAACCUGUGAGGACCGCAGUACUGCCAAGCCUAUUCUUCCCAUGUCAAAGAAGACCAGUGUCACCAAGAAACGCAGCAGGGAUACUGCAGAUGAGAUAGAUGUGCGUUUUCUAGAAGAAUUAAAGCUACUGAGAGAACAAUCGUCUACACAAAAUGUUACUGAUCCAGAUCACCAGUUCCUAUUAAGCUUACUGCCUAUGAUGAAAAAACUGUCGCCAAGUGACAACAUGGACAUCAAAAUUGAAAUAUAUGAAACCUUUCGUAGAAAGAUGUUUAAACCCGCCCCCACUGUCCAGUAUGGCUACUGGACUGAUCAGAAUCAGUCAUAUACUCCCUCACCAUGUACAUCCAAUGUAAGUGAUAGUUACUCAGAGUAUACUAACAUCUGAGAAAUAGCUUAGAAUUUCAUGUUUUCGAGUUGUACCAUUCACUUACCAGCAGGAAUACAUGAGCUGUCUUUAUGUUAUAUUUAUUUACUAUUGCCCUACACAGAAGCCUAAUGGAAUGAUUAUUGUAAUGUUCAAUAAAAUACUUCUUACCUUAAAAAAAUGGUCAUUCUUUCUUCAACUCCAACUGCACCCCUGUAGUUUGUGUUAAUUUUCUUUAUGGAAGAUCCAGUCAACUCCACCAGCUUCUUAAAAUUUUCAUGUGUCAUCCUAAAGUAGUUGUAGAAUUUUUUUGGAUGGUUCACCAGGUCUGGGAAUAGAUGAGAGAAGUUUCCAAAAUCUGGCCUCUUGAUGUUCAGUUCAUGGAUCCAUAUUCGUUGUUUCUUCUUACGUCUGCGACGACGAAGCCACAACAAAGCAGCUACUUCAGCCAGGGAACAUGCAUCCAUUCUCCAUGAAAUUACCCAGGUCACUGAGUGCUGACUUGACGCGGGCUGACGCAGUCGGUGUGAACGGAGAUGAGUCAAAAUGAAUCGCAUCAAAUGACGCUCUUGACUUGACGCGACGCGACUCGCUUGGUGUGAACGCGGCCUUAGGU